AUGCUACACUUACCAGAAACCAUGGCCGCUUGGCCGUGGCCUCGGCGCAUCAAUCCUUGUUAUGAGGAGGUAGCGGCAGAAUCGAGCGCAUGGCUCCGUAGUUUCAAAGCAUUCAGCCCAGCAUCGCAGUAUGCCUUCGAUAGAUGCGAUUUUGAACAUCUGCGAACAGGAUGCGAUUUGAUGAAUCUAUUCUUUGUCAUCGAUGAGUACACGGACGUCGAGGAUGCAAAAACUUGCCGAGAGAUGGUGGACGUCAUCAUUGACGCACUAAACCACCCGCAUGACCCGCGUCCAGAAGGAGAGGUUGUUCUUGGGGAGAUCGCGAGACAGUUUUGGGAAUUGGCAAUCAAGACGGCGAGCCUGACCUCACAACGCCAUUUCAUCGAGAGCUUCACCGCAUAUCUCAACUCGGUCGUUGUACAAGCGGUCGAUCGUGAGCAAGACACAAUCAGCACGGUUGAAGCGUACCUGAAGAAUCGACGAGAGAAUAUCGGUUCUCGUCCGUCGUUCUGCCUUAUCGAACUCGCGAUGGAGAUACCCGACGAGGCAUUCUACCAUCCCACCAUGGUUGGGCUCGCCACUUAUAUCACUGAUCUCCUGGUACUAGACAACGAUAUUGUCUCCUAUAAUAAGGAACAAUCAGUUGGGGACGAUCGUCAUAACAUCCUGACCAUCGUGAUGCGUCAGUUCAACGUCGACCUCUACGGCGCAAUGGCAUGGGCGGUGCAAUAUCAUGAAAAGGUUGAGGCUGCUUUCAUCGACGGAUUGAAGAGGAUUCCUUCUUGGGGAGAACAGAUAGACGAGCAGGUAGAUGAAUACGUCCUCGGCCUAGCAAAUUGGCUGAGGGCCAACGAUUGCUGGAGCUUUGAGAGCGGGCGUUACUUCGGUAAUAAGGGACUCGAAGUACAGAAAACCCGCUACGUGCCGGUGUUGCCCAAAGUUAAGCAAAAGUCUAGUUUACACAGAGAACAAGUUGUUGUGCCAUUAGUGGACUUGUAG